AUGCAAGCAAGCUUAGAAGGUGUUUUCAAGAAAUUCACUGCCAACAAGGCUGAUAUGGAUGGUAAGACUUUUGCCAAGUUCGCCAAGGAUUGUGGUUUACUUGACAAGAAGCUCACUGCUACUGAUAUCGAUCUUAUCUUCGCUAAGGUUAAGACCUCUUCAGCUGUUAGAACUAUUACUUUUGCUCAAUUCGAAAAGGGUCUUGAUCAAAUGGCUACCAAGAAGGGUAUCUCCUUGGAUGCACUCAAGGAAAAGGUUACCUCUGCUGGUGGUCCCACUUUCACUGGUACCAAGGCUGAUGCCGUCAAGUUCCAUGAUGACAAGAGUCUUUACACUGGUGUCUAUGCCAACGGUGGUCCCUCUACAGUUGACAUUGGAAACGGAAAGAUUUCUGAUAUCUCCUAACUUUGUGACAGAACUGGUGCUGACGUUAGAGGUGUCAAGAAAUGA